AUGAAAAGCGUCAGACGAUUUGGUAGAUGGGAAAAGCUUGCCCCAAGAUAUAUUGGUCCAUUCAGGAUAGGCAAUUGUGUUGGAGCCGUCUUGUACCGACUAGACCUUUCAGCGUUGAUGUCAGGUGUACAUGAUGUCUUUCAUGUAUUGAUGCCUAAGAAGCACUUACGAGAUGAGGAGAAGCAGAGAGUGUUUGAUGUGCCAGAUUUAGAGCUUCAGGCGGAUUUGACUAUAGUUGAGACUCCAGUCCAAAUUCUUGCUAGGGAGGACAAGAAACUCCGGAUUAAAGUAAUUCCAUUAGUUAAAGUACAGUGGAACAGGAAGGGAGUUGAGGACGCUUCCUAG